AUGUCCCAGGUCUCCGGUCAGAUGUCAGAGACUCGGAGGAAGCAGUCAAAGCGCGACGAGGCCAUCCGCAAAAAGAUUGAGGGCGAGCUUUCCCGCAAGCGCACCAUAUCCACCGCCCAGCAACUCGGUGGUAGUCGCACGAAGCGCGGUACCAAGCUACAGGUAGCCAAAGGCACCGUCGCCGCUCUCAAGCCCAGUGCCGCCCUCACCGUUCCAGAGACUAUCACUGUCGCAGAGGCCAGUCAGCUUUGUGCCGCCAAGCGCACGGACUGUGUCCUUGUAGUUGACGAUGAGGAGGGUCUCAGCGGUAUCUUCACUGCCAAGGAUCUUGCCUAUAGGGUGACCGCUGAGGGCUUGGACCCCCACGCGACCCCAGUCAGCCAGAUCAUGACCAGAGGCCCUAUGGUCACCCGCGACUCCACCAGCGCGACGGAGGCUCUUCAGCUCAUGGUCCAGAGGCACUUCAGGCAUUUGCCUGUGUGUAACGAGGAGGGCAACGUGGUCGGUCUCCUUGAUAUCACAAAGGUCUUCCAUGAGGCUCUUAACAAGGUCGAGCGCAGCUCCUCUGCCUCAGAAAAGCUCUACUCUGCUCUCGCUGGUGUGCAGUCCGAGCUCGGCCCCAACAUGUCGACCAACCCACAGGCUGCAGCUAUGCUCGCAUAUGUUGAGGCUCUUCGCGAGAAGACGGCUUUGCCCGAUCUCACCACCAUCAUGGACUCUCGCACUCAUCCCGCGACAGUCACGCCCAAGACCACCGUCCGUGAGGUCGCCAGGCUGAUGAAGGAGCGGAGGACGACCGCCGUGUGCGUUAUGGAGAACCAUGGCGGCAUUCAUCCCAAGAUUGCCGGUAUCUUCACCAGCAAGGAUGUCGUUCUUCGUGUCAUCGCUGCUGGACUCGAUGCAAAUAUGUGCAGUGUCAUCCGGGUAAUGACCCCUCAUCCUGACACCGCUCCUCCUACUACCACUGUGCAUGAUGCCCUCAAGAAGAUGCAUAAUGGUCACUACCUCAACCUUCCUGUGGUCGAAACUGAUGGCCGUCUGGUGGCUAUCGUAGACGUGCUGAAACUCACGUACGCUACGCUUGAACAGAUGAACACCAUGACCACUGAGGCUGCUGGAGGCAAUGCCGAUGCCGAAGGUGGCCCAAUGUGGGGUCGUUUCUUCGACUCCUUGGGUGGGGGAGAGGACACCGAGUCCAUGAUUUCUGGUUCUCGUGCCCCCACGGAUGGCAUGUCGUUGACCAACCACAACAUGAGAUUGCAGUCUCCGCAAUCAGAAGUCCACCCCAACGACUCUGCAUCUGUCGUCGACGAGGAGUCGGUGCUGGAAGGCUACGCGCGUCGACGCGGCGACAUCUCUGCCCCAUCUAUCACUGGGUUUUCUUCCGUGCCCCAGGAUGACGGGACGUAUGUGUUCAAGUUCCGCACGCCGAGCGGGCGCACGCACCGAUUCCAGGCGCGGCACGACAGCAUCGAGAUGCUGCGCGAAAUUGUGCGCGGUAAGCUCGCGACAGACCCCUUCUUCAUCGAGUACGAGGGCGAUCCCGAGGGCCGCCCCGACCCGACCGACUUCCUGCUCUCGUACACCGACGCGGACGGCGACAGCGUGCUGAUGACGAGCGAUACCGACAUCGCGGACGCGGUCAAGAUCGCGCGCACGACCGGCUCGGACCGCGUCGUGCUCUUCAUUCAGGGCGGCAAGAACUGGGCCGAGGCCGGUGCGGACAAGAGCGAGGUCAAGGCCGCCGAGGUUGCCGUUGCCGCGCAGGAGGAGGUCAAGGAGGUGGAGAAGGUCGAGUCUACCCUACCCGAGGCCGUUGCGCAGGCUCCGCCUGCGAUGGUGCACGUUCCUCCCCCCGAACCGGAGCUCGUCAUGGGCGUCCCGAAGGAACUGCUUCUGCCGGCCAGUAUUGGUGCCCUCGCCGCCGUUAUUCUUACCGUGUUCACAAUCUCGCGUCUCACCCGAGACUAG